UGUAUCGGAAAGGCGGGGGUCACGUGUGGUAGAAGGAUAGCAAGCAAUUGCGAAGAAUGCCUCGUUGUCCCAGUAACCGUCGCUUGAUUGAUUUAGCGAAGCUCUAAAAUCAGGUUCAAGUGCUGUUGGUUGUCUACAACCGUACAACGAAUAAAAAUGAUGCCCGUAGCUGGGAAUAUUCAAAGUGCCAGAAAGAAUUGCCUUUCGCAAAAUUAUCCUUUUCGUAAGGACGACGACGAUCCGGAAGAUGAGGAAUGCGAUCUUCCUCCAACGGAGUACGAGGACCACUACGCAUAUCGGCGUUACGACAAUAAACCGACUCUAAGGCGCGAUUUUCUGCGAGAGCAGUUCCGCAAGAAGGCUACUCAGACAGUGAUGAAACAAGCCCAGGAGCAGUAUGAGACGAUUCACCGCCAGGAGGUGGAGCGGAUGCCACUCAAGAAACGACCGGACUAUUACAUGUCGAAAGAUAUCAACAACGAACCUCAGUACAACUUGUACAAAACCGAUGAUAUGACAACGUUUUGGAGCUAUCGCUCGAGGACCAAUGCAUCUCGGAGAAGGAACACCAAUUUUACGAAACCAAUCAGUGAGCAACUGGACCAGCAAUUUGGAUAACUGAAUACUCAAGUUCAGCCCUGUUUUAUAUUUUGCUAUUUAUAUUUAUUUCAAAAUUAUCCUAAAUAAAGAAUCAACACUGUUUGCCAUCAUUAA